AUGCACUGGGCAGUCUUUUAUGUGAUGUUGGAUGAAACAGAGUUACUGUGUAUAGUGAAUGUUUACCAUACAUUAAUUAUUCCAGCAUCUUCGGUAAUUCAACUUUCACCCCAAAGGGUGAAUGGGCCGUUCCCGGAGGUAGGUGCAAUACCGGGUCGACCCGCGGAUGAGCUGGGUAGACGAGACAAACGGCGUUCUAAGGUUGUACCGGCUGAAUCGGACAACCAACCGAAAUGUGCGUCCGAGAAACCGACACCUCAUGCAGCCGAUGCUUCUCCUAUCCGCAUCAGCACCUACCGCACUGCAAUCGUGCCCUUGCACUGCGAAUGUAUUUCCUGGAGGAGAAGCGUCGAAAAGAGCGAAAAAAGGAGGAAAAGGAAAAAGCUGCAAACGCGAAAAAUUUAA